GACAUACACAGCGCUGUGUAUGUCGUCUGUCGCUGUCCUUGUUCUUCGCGCUGUACGUUAUUUUUGCGACUAUAGUAACACCGAACCAAAAUUUUAAUGAGAAUGUUAAACUUUCGUGUUGCUGUUCUUGCAACUAAAUGCCUACAAUUGGCUUUUUAAAAAAAGUAGGCAGGGGAAUGCUAUCUGAUGGUAUUCUUGCAUACUUGGUUAGAUGUGGAAGUCCCAAGGUACUCGAGUUUGAGAAUCUCUGUACUAAGUCAUAUUAAAGAGAAAAGCAGUUCGAUUCAUCUAAAAAUUCAUCUACAAAAAAGCAGUUUGAUUCAUCUACAAUACAUAUGGGCGUAGUUCUGUUACUACCCUUUUAUCUCGGAGCAGCUUGCCUUCUAUAGGUGAUAGAAAUCGUGUGUGUCGUCUAAAAUUCUUUUUCCAACUAAUAAAUGGUCACUACAAUAUCGACACGUCUCACAUUAUCACCUAUACAACAGGUUACGCUACCAGACAGCGACACUCACUAGCUGUAACUCCAUUUACAACACAUGUCAACUGCUUCAAAUAUUCAUUUUUUCCUAGAACUAUAGCAGAAUGGAAUGAGCUGGCCGAUAAAACUGUAGCACAGGACUCAUUGUCACUUUUAGAGACCUACCUUUAUUUAAAAAAAAAUUUUUUUGCACUUGCUGAGAUUGUUGGUGAUAGCACUGUUUGACUGUAUGAUUGGGAAAGAUAGCUGAAGUAACGUUGAGGAGCUUGUUUUUGCGCCUGUUUUUUGCACUUUUGUGAAGCGCUUGUGUGAAGAAUUUUUUUAGUGCAGUUCCCCAUUUUUGUAUUUCUUUUGUUUUGUAAACUUACUCGUGUACCAUGCUGCUAAGAUCUUGUUUAAGAUCGCAGUAUUUAUAAAUAAAUAAAUAAAAUAAAUAAAUAAAAGUUCUCGUGCUUACAGUGUGAAAUUGCACCUCCGUCUAAGGUGCGCCACUGGGAUGAAACACCUGAUUCUAGCUCAGCAUGACAUAAAAACCUAAAGUUAAAUUACAUUAGGGGCUGUUUUAUGCUUACAGGUUAAGCAUCCCUGUCUUGUUCUGUGUUUUGCAAAAAAGCCAGCACACUGGUCUGAAGUCAUCAUGGAAUCAAACCUUAGAAUGCUUGUUUUAAAUGGUUUCAGCAGUAUUCGGGGAGCAGCCGUGAUUUGUGCCAAAUUGUCUCAGCUUGGCUCUGACUGCUUCUAUGACUGAAAUGAAUUUCAUUCUUUUAUGCUGGGACAAAAACUCGAAGCUACUGUGCAACAACUAGACAUUGCUCUUGCCCUCUCUUCUUGCCAUGAAUGAUUACGAUUUCUAAUGCCAUAUUUUUGAAAUUAUGUAGUGAGAAAUAGUCACCUAGCCCAGGCGAGCUACUUGCAUGUUACCAUAUCGUAAUCUAACAGUUUGCCCAUCUCUGCUUUAUCUCGUAAUGUCUGUAAUGUCGAUGUGACCAUGUCUGUAAGGAUCCCACUCCCAUCUCAUCCUUGCUUUUCCUUCCCCCCCCCCCAUCAAUACUCUAUGUUUCUUUUGCUUGUCUUGACUACUGACGAAUUCACGCUCUCAUCAGCAUAAACCAUGGAACUUUUGGAAGGUGGACGUUCUGUACAGUUCUAGCUGAAUUAAUGUCUUGGCAUUCAAUUACAAUGGAUUGAUUUGUCCCUGGACAUAACACACAUACAUGUGGUGCCCUCCUAAGGGUAGGCAAGAAAGUGCAUAAAACCUCUUCCUUGCCCAGUACCAACGAAGUAGUGCUGGUUCACUGGCAUGUGCCUUUCGGUAUGUCAUCUUGGCAGAGUAUGGUAGGCUUCCCUGCAGCGCCCUUCUAUGGAAGAUCAAGGAAGUGCAUAAACCUGCUGACAUUAGAAGGUGACAGAAAUACUGUUCCCUUCGUGUAAGUGGCACAUACCGAUCAUGGGGGUUUGAUCCAGAAUCGGACACUCUGCAUAGCAUGCCUUGAAGUGGUUUGGAAAAUAAGAUAACUGAUAUGCUGGGGAAAGACUUGUUAUUGAGCAGUCAAUUUUCAGAUAUCUUAGUGUAGUGAAUCUAAAGAAAAAAAAAAAAAAAAUUAUACUGAUUUUAGAAAGGCAUGUGAUGUGACCCAAGAAUUCAUUAAUUCAUAGCUUUGGAAACAUUUCUUUGGUUGCAAAUACCCCUGAAUGGCCUGCUGUCAAGUCGCUUCCCUGUCUUCUUUCUUAUUCAGAUGUGACCACACUUCCUUUGCCAUAUGAUGUGUAACCUUUGUUCACUACCUUCAAUAUACUUAACAUGGGAAGGGAACUUUCUCUUGCAACACUGCUAUACAAGAUGUGAAGAACCUGCUUUGAAUUUGUCUUGGACUUCAUCAAGCCCGUCUUCAUCACCUCUGUACAACAGGCCUUAACCCAGUACACUCUUCUAACAUUGAACGUUAGAGUCAUGGAUCCCUCUACCAUUCCCUAUUAAACUUCCUGCUUGAAACAAAUAAUUUUGUGUGUGUGUGAGCACAUCUUUGUAUUAUUCCCAAAGGCAAGCUUCCGAGCUAAAAAAAGAAAGUUUGACUUGCAACAAACUAAAUUUUUAUUCUUGUAUGCUGUGCUACGAAGCUACUGUUUGACAGACAAAAUCUGAGUGCUCUGAAUUUACUCAUAUGCCAGUUAAAAAUAAUGGACAAGGAUUGAAAUGGCAUUAGUGUGCAUGUGAAUUUGUAUCAGAACAUUUUGGGCGCAUUUGUUCUUUCAUGGGCUGGUAGCAUAUGCCACACUAUUCCAAAGAAGAAAAAGAAGAGCUGCUUGUUCUCGGCACCAAGGCCAGCUUGUCGUCAGAGGGACUCGUCAAAGUGCAUUUGUCUCAACCAUGGAGGAGGAAUCGGCCAAGGCGCGUUUUUUCCUCAAAGACGUUGAUGGAGCCGAGGAACUGAGAUUCGUGUCGACUUCGGAGAAACUGGAGCCCGUCCACUAUGUCUCUGUUGCCACCCAAACAAAAGAUCUUGGUGCCGUGAGCUCUCCAACACGUCCUGUUGCACCGUCACCCGAUGUUGGCACGGAGGCAGCAAUGCUCAACCUGGACGUGAACCCUUUUGUGCGCUACCCACUCAUCAUCAUGAAUUGUGUUCUCUGGGUCCUUGGCCUCGUCCUUUUUGUUGGCGGCCUGUAUGCCUACAUAGGCACGUCAUUGCGGGCCAGUGUUCCUGAGUCCUCGGAAGCUGUUCUCAACAUCUACAGUCAGCUGGUGGUGCAUGUGGAGGUGACGGUGAUGCUGGUGGGCACGCUGCUGGUGUUGCUUUCCUUCUGCGGCUGCGUCGGGGCACUGCGCGAGAACACCUGCCUGCUGAAUGCCUACUCGUCGCUCAUCACUGCCCUGCUGCUGCUCAACCUCAUCGUGGGCCUGCUGGUGUUCUCGCUGCCCGCGCAGCUGAAGCGCAUGCUACGCAACACGUUGAGCACACACCUCGUCAUGCACUACCGGGACAGCCCCGACUUGCAGCACCUCAUCGACUCCAUUCAGGAGGACCUGCAGUGCUGCGGGCUGUCGCAGAGAAGUUUCCGGGACUGGAAUGGCAACAUGUACUUCAACUGCUCACGAACAAAUCCCAGCAGUGAGCGCUGCUCAGUACCUUACUCCUGCUGCAGGCGAAACAGCACUCUAGAGGUGGUGAACUUGAGCUGUGGUCAGGGCGUGUUGAACAGGACCGACUAUGACGCAUGGUUCACCAUCUACACUGGCAACUGCGUCGAUGCAGCACAUCGAUAUAUGCGGGAAAACGUCACCAUCAUAACGGGAACUUGCCUGGUUUUUGUGAUCCUGCUCGCCUUUGUGCAAAUGGUCACGCAGGCACUGGUCGACGAAAUAUUUAUCAUUCGGCGCAUUUAUGGGAAGGUAUAUGAUCGCCUCUAUGACAUUCACGCCAGUGCAGAAAACACGGAAUGACAUCUAAUAAACGUAUAUGAUUUUGUGUGUAAAGUUGUCAUUUGAUUUAUGACCAAUUCUCUUAAAUCGUAAUAGCAUUUUUUCAGCACAAUUCUAGCCCUUGUGUCAACUGCUCUGAGUUGGUCAAUGUUUUUCAAUGUUGUGGACUGGAAAUAAUUGUACAGGAUAUACUUUGAAGUGGAGUCCACCCUCUGUCUCAAUUGUACUCAAUAUGCAGCAAAAAUUCCUAGAGAAAAGAUUUUCACUAUUGAGACUGUGUUGAGUACAUCGUUUUGGAUUGCAUGGGUUUCUCUCUCCUUACAUAGAAAAGGCACAACUCAUUCCCAAGCGCUUGACUUUGCUGUGUUGAUGUGGGAAAGCAUGAUGCUGCUGCAAUGUUGAUAAAGAAGGGCUGUCUACAGCUAUUCUAAAUCUUUGCAAUGAUUGCAGCUAAUGGCAGUAAUAGUGAUACAACAGAAUAUCAGUGCUAAUUAAUGUACCCGCAUUAGCACCUGAGUACUGUCUUUCCUAAUUUUCUUUUCUCCUGCUUGGCUAGGUUGCUAAGUAUUGUUGGCCACCUGAUCUAAUGGAAAUAGCUGUUGCAAUAUUGUGAAUAUUUUGGCACUCACUUUGUAGUAAUGGUGUGACUCUUGUAUCACAGUUAGCAGCGGUAUAAUUAUUCAUAUUGUUGCAGCAUUUGCAAUUCCAGUUCAUGAUUAUUGUGCACACAUUUACUCAUCAAAUCAUAUAGCAAGCAUAUAAUAGUUAUAUUAAAAAGCUUGUCAGUACUCCUUUGACAAUUUCAGUAGGGACUGUCUUUGAAUGUUCUAGUGCAUAGCAUCUCGUUAUUGUGCGAGUUUUUCUCAAUUUUUUUUUCUCUUUUGCCUUUUAUUCCCUUUACCCCUUUCCCCAGCACAGAGUAGCCAGCCGGUACUUACACUGGCUAACCUCCCUGCUUUUCCUCCCCUUUUGUGUGUGUGUCUCUCUCUCUCUCUCUCUCUCUUAGUAUUGGGACAGACAAAAUAGUGCGUUAAAUAGCACGCAGGCUGAAAAUUUGGGCAAAUUGUAAAAAAUUUCCAUAUUAAAAAGUGCAAAAAAGUUUGUUAGCCAACCUCCACUAGCUCUGACUGAUGAAUAGUUUAGUUAUUUGCAAUCAGUAAAAUAUCCUCGAAGCUGUUGAUAUGGGGCAUACCCAAUCACCUUUUGUUUUCACAGGUGCAUUGUUCAGGUCUUCCUCCUAAUAUUUGUUUUAUUGCAGUACCGACUAUAUAGACACUACGGGCAUAAUUACGCUGUCAGCGUCCCCGUGAUGUUCAGUAUAUAUAGAAGUAUAUAUUGAAUAAACAUAAGAUAUCUUGGCGGCUGAAUUCAAACAAAAGACUAACACAGCAGUCCGACACUCUACCCACUAGGCCAUGGCCCCUUAUCUCAGAAGGUGGAAUAGAACAUACUAAAAAUUUCCUGUGUGCAAGACGUCAGUGUUUCAUAGCUGCGAAGGCAUUGUUCCUUCUACCCAACAGAAGUCACCUUGUAUGCUGCAUCAUGCCAAUAUGUAGCACUUGCGUAUAGUUUGAACACUGUUUGAAGAGUUGUCAUGGUCGCUGUUGCCCUUUCAACGUGUGGCUUAUACCUAGGAUGGAUUUGCCAGAAAAUGGGCGGAUUAUUCCAAGUUAUAACCACAAAUAACCAUUCAAGACUGCUGUACAUAUAAACAGGACAUUCGGUGUGACUUCAUGAGAAAUUCCUGGACUACGGAACAAACAUCCUUGUGGUUGAAUCCCAGAGUAGAGGCCUCAAGCAAAAAGGGUCCCAAGUGCAACGCUAAACCUUGCUAUUGCUGUCAAUGCUUUGCACUUUCAGUAAAACUGCCACUUUUCUUGUUGCAGA